AAAAAUUGAUAAGAUCAUUGAGCUUCUGAUGCGAACUAAAUAUUAGCUUUUAUAUCUCAAUUGGAAAAGAUUUUCAUGGUAAUUUGUAGCUUUUGUUGAAUAUUAAUUCUGAGACAUAGCCUGAUCUUGUAGACUACACUCAAAAAUUUUCACAAUUUGAGCUAAACUUUUAUGUUUUUCCAAUGAAAGAGUUUUGUGGGAAAACCCCAAAUCAAUUAUUUAGUGCGCACCUCAAAGUCCUCCGCGAUUCGCACAUAUCUUCCUUUAGCGGACUACGUAUUCAUUGAGAUGGAGAACAAUUAAGAGACUUGCGACCAAACCACCUUAUCAGUAGCGCAGAUUGGUGAAUGAAUUUAUUGGACUAUGCGUUGUGAAUUCCUAUCGCGGAUCCCAAAUCCCAAAUAAAUCGAGUGAUAAGGGGUUCCCUUCACACAGUGGUGACCACGUCCGGGGCAGUUCGUCUGCCCCAUACGAGAUAUCGUAUCCCGAGACCCGCAGGUGAGUAUAAAAGACCAAGCUGGCUGGGAAGGAGCUACAAUUGUUGUGUGGAAACGUAAUCAUGAAGUUGUUCCUCGUGUUGGCUCUGGUCUUUGCUUCGGCAGCCGCCUUCCCCAAAUACUACCGGGAUAUCGAUGGUUUCAUCGUUGGUGGUCAGAAUGCAAAUAUUGCUGACUUCCCCUACACCCUGUCUAUGAGACGCAAUGGUGGACACAUCUGUGGUGCUUCUGUGAUUGCUGCCCGCUGGGCCCUCACUGCUGCCCAUUGCGUUCCCGGUGCCCCUGCUAGCCAGAUGACCUUCCGUGGUGGCAGCGCCAACCGUCUGUCUGGUGGUGUUCUCUUCCAGGCUGACCAGGUCCAUAUGCACCCACAGUACCAGGUUCCAUCCCAGCUCAACAAUGAUGUCGCUGUCCUCCGUGUGACUGCCAACUUUGCCGGAACCAACAUUGCCACAGUUUCCCUUGCUGGAAGUGGUGGAGAUAUGGCUGCUGGAGCUCGUGCUCUCAUCAACGGAUGGGGACACACCCAAUGGCAAGGAUCCCUCGCUACCAAUCUACAGUGGGCUGAGGUUGGAGUCGUCUCUCGCGCUGCCUGCCAAUCUGCCUAUGGAAACAUCAUCACCACAAGCAUGCUCUGCGCUUCCCAUCCCGGCCGUGAUGCCUGCCAGGGUGAUUCCGGCGGCCCAUUGACCACCCUUGCUCAUCUCCAGCAUGGUGUUGUCUCCUUCGGCCACCAGUGCGCUCACCCCAACUUCCCUGGUGUAUACGCCCGUGUCGGUGUUCCAGUUAUCCGUAGCUGGAUCAACUCUGUUUCUGGUGUCUAAGCGAAGGUGUCCCCAUGUUGAUAAGUUAAAUCAUCUCCGAAAAAUCCCACUAAUUUCACGAUUACCUCUCUGACUGGAAUGUUUAAUAAAUUGGCAAUUUAACUAACUAAA